UCAGCAGUGAGAGGAAAAAGAAGAGAGAGAAAGGUGCCUCCUCUCGCCAUUGCGAUAAUUGUCUCGCUGUUGAAUCGAUGUCGGUGCAAAUGCUGCUCUAAGGGGAGGCGAUAGGAGUGGAGGAGAAGCGGGGGGAUUUAACUUCACACACGGACAAAACCUAUGCUUGGAUUUCGGCUCUUUUUCCCUUCGCCAAUGCAAAAGGAAAUAUGCAGCGAAGCUUCACCAUCCUCUACACCAGUUUACUGGGGAUGUGCUUGGGUUCAAGCUCAAGUUUUCCAAGUAACAUCAAUAUAGGAGGAUUGUUCCCAAGCGGAUCCCACGAAUAUGAGGUUUUUCGGUUCGCCCUCUCUCACCACCAGGACAUCCCCAAACUGGUGCCGCAGGUGGAUAUGGUCAUGAUGGGGAAUAGCUUCUCUAUGACAUAUGCCUUUUGCUCCCAGUUCUCCAAAGGUGUGUAUGCCAUCAUUGGCCUGUAUGACAGGAAGACAGUCAACAUGCUGAUGUCCUUCUGUGGAGCGCUGCACGUCUGCUUUGUGACACCAUCCUUCCCCAUUGAAACAGCCAACCAAUUUGUGAUCCAGCUGAGGCCCGAGCUCCAGGAUGCGCUGGUGGGAGUUAUCGAACACUAUGGAUGGUCCAAGUUUGUCUACAUGUACAGCUCCAACUCAGGUCUGUCUGUGCUGCAGAAGGUUCUUGACACGGCAGCAGAGAGGAAUUGGCUGGUGACCUCAGUCAAUGUGGAGACCAUAUCGAGUAAUGCCUUUGCGAAGGUGUUCCAGGAUUUGGACAAGCGAAAGGAGGGCCAGAUUAUCAUUGACUGUGAGACUGAGAGACUCAACAACAUACUGCAAAUGAUUGUAGAUCAAGGAAAGAAUGCAAAGAGCUACCACUAUAUUCUGGCUAACCUGGGUUUUCUGGACAUCGAUCUGACAGAUCUGAGGAAAGGCGGGGCAAACAUAACCGGCUUUCAGCUCGUCAACAACUCAGAGCCGAGUGUGAGCCGCAUCGUCCAGCAGUGGAUGGAGUUUGAUAAUAAGGACUCCAAAGUGCCCAAGCCUGGACUCAAAUACACAGGUGCUCUAACAUAUGACGGGGUGAAAGUCAUGUCUACAGCCUUUCAGAAUUUAAGGAGACAGAGGAUAGACAUAUCUCGCAGGGGCAACGCUGGAGAAUGCCUAGCCAACCCACCAGCUCCCUGGGGACAGGGCAUAGACAUCCAGAGAGCCCUGCAGCAGGUCCGUAUAGAUGGAUUGACUGGUCACAUUCAGUUUAAUGAGAAAGGCCGCAGAACCAACUACACUGUUAGUGUCAUGGAACUGGCCCCCUCUGGACCCAAGAAGGUCGGCUACUGGAAUGAAGAUGAGAAGUACGUGACUACAGCCAGCCUGAGAGGGAGCAACGAGACUUACCCACUGCUGAACAGAACUUACAUAGUCACCACUAUCUUGGAGUCUCCAUACGUGAUGCUGAAGAAGAACCACGAACAGCUUGUGGGGAAUGAUAAGUACGAGGGCUACAUCGUGGAGCUGGCUGCAGAGAUAGCAAAGCAUGUGGGCUACCAGUACAAACUGAAGAUCGUCUCAGAUGGCAAGUACGGAGCCCGAGAUCCCGAAACCAAGAUGUGGAAUGGCAUGGUCGGAGAGCUGGUGUAUGGGAAAGCAGACGUGGCUGUGGCUCCGCUCACUAUCACCCUGGUCCGUGAAGAGGUGAUUGACUUCUCCAAGCCCUUCAUGUCUCUGGGUAUCUCUAUAAUGAUCAAGAAACCAACCAAAUCCAAGCCUGGCGUGUUUUCCUUCCUGGACCCGCUGGCUUACGAGAUCUGGAUGUGCAUUGUGUUUGCCUACAUUGGCGUCAGCGUUGUCCUCUUCCUGGUCAGUCGAUUCAGCCCGUACGAGUGGCACGCCGAAGACUACGAGGAGGGAGCCGAGCCACAGACUCCCACCCAAGCAGCGGCUUCCAACGGGGUGCAGCAGGGCCAGACACCGACGCAGCAGAACACCACCCAGCAGAGUCCAGAGCAAACCAAUGAAUUUGGCAUCUUCAAUUCCCUUUGGUUUUCACUUGGCGCCUUCAUGCAGCAGGGCUGUGAUAUUUCACCACGCUCUCUGUCAGGCCGCAUUGUCGGAGGCGUCUGGUGGUUCUUCACUCUCAUCAUCAUCUCAUCCUAUACUGCGAAUCUGGCUGCUUUCCUGACUGUGGAGAGGAUGGUGUCUCCUAUAGAGAGUGCCGAGGAUCUCGCCAAGCAGACAGAGAUUGCAUAUGGAACGCUGGAUGCUGGCUCCACCAAAGAAUUCUUCAGGAGGUCUAAGAUCGCCGUGUUUGAGAAGAUGUGGUCUUACAUGAAGGCGGCCGACCCGUCUGUGUUUGUCAAAACGACAGACGAGGGUGUCAUGAGAGUCAGGAAGUCCAAGGGCAAAUAUGCCUACCUGCUGGAGUCCACUAUGAAUGAGUACAUAGAGCAGAGGAAACCCUGUGACACUAUGAAGGUGGGAGGCAACCUGGACUCCAAAGGUUAUGGAAUUGCCACACCAAAGGGCUCCCAUCUCAGAAACCCAGUAAACCUGGCAGUGUUAAAACUGAACGAGCAGGGCCUCUUGGACAAAUUGAAAAACAAGUGGUGGUACGACAAGGGAGAGUGCGGCAGCGGGGGCGGGGACUCCAAGGACAAGACCAGCGCUCUGAGCCUCAGCAAUGUGGCGGGAGUCUUCUACAUCCUGAUUGGAGGCCUAGGCCUGGCCAUGCUGGUGGCACUGGUGGAGUUCUGCUACAAGUCCAGGACCGAGUCGCGCCGAAUGAAGCAAUCCAUCAACGACGCCAUGCGCUGCUCCACCCUGACCAGGAUGAGUGGCAACGGGAGCGGCGGAGAGAACGGACGAAUCCUCACCCAUGACUUCCCCAAGACCGUUCAGACACUGCCCUGCAUGAGCCACACCGCCAGCAUGGGACUGGGUGCCUCCGGCAUGUGAACAUCAUAUUACUGUGCUGGCGGCGAGGGGAUAGGCAGGGUGGGGCAGAAGAAGAAGAGCACAGGACUCUAAUAACCUCAAAAAAACCAUAACAAAACCCAUGGCUGUCCGGUUUGACCCAUCUAUUCUCCCGGCUUUCCCAACUUGAACAAAAACUUACUGCCAAAACGGACUCUUAAAAACCGCUCCUCGCAAAUGAUGAACAGAGAAUUGCAACUUUUUUUUCCUUUUUUUUUAGUAAGUGGGUGUUUGAAAAAUAGAUAUCGAAAAAAAGAAGGGAAACGUGCUGCAAUAAAGAAGUCGUCAACUGGGCGUGUUUUUGGACUUUUUUUUUUACCGUGUUCAUUUAUGUGGAAAAAAAAAGAAUUUUAUUCUUCAGUGUGACGCCUGCGCUGUGCCAUUUCGAUGGAGCUGUUGACGUUAGUCUGCUUGUGCAAUAUCUUCACCUCCACUGCUGACCUUGUACUACCUAGAUGCUUUCCGAUGGCUGAUGGAUCAUGUCUUUGCACAGAUGUGGUAGAGGAGGACAGACACUUGUGACUGCUACGAUGAUAUGAUGUUGUUUUCGGGACGUCCCCACCUUCCUUCACUCUUACAUUUAUACUCCAUUUUUGAAGGACUAAGUGCUCAGAGUAGCAUAGCCAAUUUUUGUGAGAUAGUGGUUUACGCUAGAUUGAUAGCGCAGAUUAGUUCGUCUCACGUAUUUUUGAUUUGACUUGUGUUUCAAUGACGGUUAAUGAUGUUCAAAUCAGAAACUGUCCAGGCUACAACAAACAAGCAUUGCUGCUAGACCUCAUUGAACACAUCAUGCCUUGUCUUAGUGCCACAUGACCAUUCAAAUGCGGAACAUUGUACACAGAUUGAGUUUGAGUACUUACAUUGAUCAUCAUUGGGCACAUUCAUAAAUGCUCACCUCAACCUACGUGAAAAAGAGAAUGGAGAUGACACAAUGACACAUUAUCCUGUAUGUACAAUACUGAGUGACCUUACACUGUAUUCUGCUGUUGUGACAUUCAUAGCAUAAUCACUGAUACACUGGACAGUCUGUUUGAAGACACAUUUAGAGUUUAUCUACAGUUGUCGCAGCAUUGAUGUGUUUUGUUCAAUACUGAGCGAAAAAGCCCACACAGCACAGCAAGGAGGGGGUGCGAUUGAUACACUCGAUGUGACUGACAGAUUUGGAGUCAGUAUUGCUAUUGGAAGUCAAGGUUAUGAUGAUCACUGCGCUGCUUGGCUCUCCCGAGUUCUCCCUUUCAGAUCACAUCAAGUAUCGAGGAAUCAGAGUGACAGGCCUGGGACAUUAGAGGGCAGAUGUGACAAAGGGCAGACAUCCUAGGUUUGGCAUUUAGGCCCUAAAGUAAGAUUCCAUACCAGAGCAUUUCAGUACAUUUAACAUAAAACGACCGUCGGUGAUGCACUUUGCAUUUCUUGGGCCCAUUUUGUCACACACUAUGGUAAUUUAUAUUCCUAUGAAUAAGUGGCCAACGGCAGAAAACAAACCUUUAGCUAAUUCUGUGAUUUAAAACGGAAAGAUGAUGUAACAGGAGGGAAAAGGAGAAACACUGGCAUGAUUCUAUAAUUUAUUUUUUUCGUUUAUUGACAAUAAUUCCAGAGAUGCGAGGAUACCAACAAUUUUCACUUUCGUUUUUUUUUCAUUAGAACAAUUUAAGUGUUUUGCUGCUGUCUGUACUAGUUUAUUUGUUUUAUAUAACCAGGAGAAAUGUGUUGUCACAUAUUUCAGUAUGAAGAUGUUUUAAUCAAAACGUGAUGACAGUGUUGACCCCCGUCACUCUCACGAGGCUCUGUUCAUCAAUAAAUCACAACGGGCCGAAACAGCUUUUGCUUAAAUCCCAUCUGUCCUCAAACCAACAUUUUACACACAAGUAAGAUGUUCAUGAAUAUUCUCGUGACAGUAGUAAUUAUAAUAACAGCACACAUUUGUUUUCAUGUAUGAAAAUAGUUUUCAUAUAUGCAAACCAAUGAAUUGCCUCCAACCAUGUACCAACAAAUGACAGUCAGCUGUAAUUUUUUUCACAAAGUGCAUCACAUAUUAAAACCUAAUUUAUAUGUAUUUUUUCAAGGUUUAUUAGGAAAUAAUCCUUAAAGCAGUUCAUUCAUUAAUAAUGUGGCUUUCCCACUUAUCCAGUAACUACGGGGAAUCACGUGUCCGUUUUUUUUUUAUACUUUUUCUAUGAUAGCCCUCUCUGCAUUUUCUUUACAGAGAAAUAGUGCUACCAAUCAUUUCUAUCUAUGCUGACUGCAAAUAGCGGGAGAACCUGUUAUUUUAGAAAAACUGAGAACAUACACAUGGUGAUAAGAAAUGUAUUUGAUGUUGCACACUUAUAGUAAAUGCACAAAAGCAUAUAAGUGGAUAGGGUCCAGUGCUUUAGCUUUUUCCUUUUUUUCCUCCCCAGGCUUGCACAUUUUGCGACCAAUGCGUAAUGCCUUGAUCAUCCUUAGGAAUUUUGUGUUUUGCCAGCCUCUCUGAAGCAUUCAGUCCCAGUUUCUCUGAAUGUUACAGUAUUAGUGCAGCAAAGGUGCAGGAUAAAGUGAAGGAAAUAUGCAGUAUUCUGGUUUGUUGUAUGGAAAUGAAAUUUCAGCAGGGUCAGGUGACUCACUGAUAUUUUUUUAGGUAGUAUCAGAGCAAUAAGUUACAGUAUCAGACUUUGACUAGUUCAUUUUUGUUUUGAAAGAUUGGUAAUCAUAGCUGGUUUUGUUCUUUUCAUUGGAUUUGUCAACAAUAAUUAAAAAAAAUAUAUAGACUAUUGCCAAGCUGAUUGUUUAAAUGGAGUAGUCGUACAGCUGAAAAAUGUGCCAGGAGAGAAAUCACUAACAGUUUGUUUUUUUUUUUUUCAUAACACAUCAGAGCCUGGAGCUAUGUAAAGGAUGCAUUAUGUGCCUUCAGCCAGCAUGAACAUCUUUUCCUCUUACAUAGCUAUCACUCCACCUCAGUCCACCUCCACAAAUAUUCCACUGCAGAGUACAGCAAUUUCACAUACCCAAAUUGUUAAAAGGCUUUCAAGUAAAUAUAGGAAAUGCCGAAGUUUAAGCAGAUGAAGCAAGUUGAGGGAAAUGUGGGUAAAAAUUAAAGUUUUUUUUAAAAGUGGGUCAAAAUUAUAGUCAUUGAAAAGAGAAGUCCUAAAAUGCAUCAACCAUCACCACUGGCUUGAUAUCUGCGUGUCUUUAACAGUGUCCAAGGGGGUGAUUUUAGUCUAAGGUGACUGGAAGGUUGAAGCGCUUGAAAUGGGAUUUUCACUGCUGUUGGAUGCCAGAGGUCAGCUUUAGAUUAUGUACUGCAGAAUCUAGCUGACCUCUUAUUUUACAGCCAAGCGCCUGUACAAAGGCAGCACUCAUCCUCUGCUUCCACAAAUGGAUGUGCUUUUAUUUUUAUUCCUGAGUUUGUAUCCUUUUUUUUCCUUUUUCAAGGGUACCAAAUCUAAUGUAGAGCCUCUCUUUCCGCCAUAUCUUCAUAAAACAAGUGGGCAAGCAAAAAUCAUACAUAUCUCCAUAUUGUUAUGUAUAUAAAAGGAUUUUUCUCUUCCCCAGUGAAAAUGUUUGUUCUCCUUUAAAUCAAGCCUCAGUGUACCAGAAUUAGUUACCUGCCGUGUGAAUACUUUUUUCUUUCCUCCUUCAUAUGCGUCUUCUUUUUUCUGAUGAUGUAUUAAUUACUAUGACAGCACAGCACUCUUCUGUGGAGGCUUUAUCUUGGGAAAAUGUUUUAUAUGGCAUAACAGGAUUUGUAAAAAAAAAAAAAAAAUUAAACAAAAUGAAAAAGUUUUUGUUUUUUUUUUUAAAAAAGGGGACAUUCAGUGUUUGUAUUGUAAAGGAGAAUUAGGUGGCACUUUGAAGGCUAUAAAAAAAAGUAAACCACACACUGAUGUUAAAUAAUCUGCAGACGCUUUUUGUUGUUCAAAGCCAGUUUAGAGUUGAUUUUAAUUUAAUCUCCUGUUGGUUUUUUUUGGUUUUUUUGAAGUGCUUAAAAUCUACCACCAUGUGAAUAUUUUUUUUUUCAUGGUACUUUUACUACUGGAAUCUAAUCACCAGAAACACUGUCAUGUUUUUUUUUAACUCUACAAAUGUUAAAAUUGAGUUUUAAAGUUCAAAGUUCAAUAAAUGGGUUCAAAGUUUUAAACUAAAUAAAUAUAAAAGAAUACAGAACACUGUUAGGAGUCAGACUUUUGAGAAAUCUUCUUUUUUUCUAACCAAAGUGUCCUGGAAAGAAGUCAUCAUGCUUUUGUAACUGAAU